CGUCUAGAGUGCGCUGAGAUCGAUUUUUCCGAUUAUUGAGAAUCCACCUUGUAACUGCGUUACGUGUUCGCGGAUCUCCUUCUGGGAUCUGCUGAUCGGCAGAGAUUUUUCGGUAUUCUUCUGGGCUUUCUUUUUGGAGUUGGCCGGAUUUUACCAGCCAACAAUGCUAGGCAAUCGCAUGUCAACGAUUCUGCGGCUUGCCACGCAGGAACAGCAAUGGCAGCAACAGAGGGGAAUGGCCACUCUCAAGGCAAUCUCCAUACGUUUGAAGUCCGUCAAGAACAUCCAGAAGAUCACGCAAUCCAUGAAGAUGGUGUCGGCAGCCAAAUACAAUAAAGCAGAGCGUGAUUUGAAACAGGCCCGGCCUCUCGGCGUUGGCACAAAAGUGUUUUACGAGCAGGCCGACAUCCAGGCGCCACCGGAGGAACCAAAGAAGCUCGUCAUCGCCGUGACCAGCGAUCGCGGUCUCUGCGGCGCCGUGCACACCGGUGUGUCACGCAACAUUCGAGAUCGGUUAUUGGCCGAUCCUAAGGAGCGCGAGAAUACAAAGAUCAUAUGCAUCGGUGAGAAGUCCCGAGCAAUCCUUCAGCGGAUGUUCGCCAACAACAUACUCUUUGUCGCGUCCGAGGUCGGUCGUAAACCACCGACAUUCAAUGAUGCGGCCAAGGUAGCGAUACAGAUAAUAAACAGUGGUUAUUCCUUUGGCUCUGGACGCAUAGUGUACAACAGGUUCAAGUCCGUGGUAUCGUAUGCGGUUGCCGAUCUGCCGUUUUUCGAUAAAACUGCGGUGACCACUGCACCAAAGCUGUCGGUGUACGACUCGAUUGAUGAUGAGGUAAUCCAGAGCUAUCUGGAGUUUUCGCUCGCCUCGUUGCUGUUUUACUCGAUGAAGGAAGGCGCUUGUAGCGAGCAAUCUAGCCGUAUGACAGCUAUGGACAACGCCAGCAAGAACGCUGGAGAGAUGAUUGACAAGCUCACCCUCACCUUUAAUCGCACUCGCCAGGCUGUGAUCACCAGGGAAUUGAUAGAAAUUAUCUCUGGUGCCGCUGCUCUGGAUUAAGAAUCCCAGAGGGAGAAUUUAGUUUAUCAAUUUAUAGUGACGGCAAAAAAUAGAUUACGUUGCUGGAGAAGGAAAAGGAAUGGGGAGACAAACCUGUUAUGCUGCCGAAAGAUGAAGUUCUCUUAUUGACUUGGACGAUGUUUAAUUAUCCGCGGAGUUGCACUGUAAACAUCAAGAAUAUUACAAACCUAUCUGUUAUUUAUAUGUCCAAGUUGUUCAAAUUUAAAACAAUAAAUCAAUCUAAUUACAAAA